UGUCCCACUAAACUGACUGUUUACGAUAAUGGUUAAAAUUCUUUUUUCAUCUGUUGUGAAUAGGACAUCCAUCUUACGAGGGCAUAUGACUUGGCCAUGCAGUAUUUCUAUUCAAUUUAUAUACAUUUAUUCUAAAAUAUUCAACAAUAACUCAUAUCUACAAAUACUUCUGCAAACACUGCUGAUUAAAUGUAUGGAUGUUGAACUGAAUCCAGGUCCACUCCAGAAUGUAGAAAUAGUUCAUCUUAAUGUUAGAUCCAUAAGAAAUAAAAUAGAUGUUAUUGAAGCACAACUACAUGAUAGUGACAUAAUAUGUAUAACUGAAUCACACCUUAACCCUCUAAUCCCAAAUUCUGAUAUUAAAUUAGAGUCAUUCUCAGAUGAAAUUCAUAGAAAAGAUAGGACAACAGGGCAUGGUGGUGGUGUUAUUAUCUAUCAUAAAAACAAUAUUCUUACUAAACGUAGACAUGAUCUUGAAAAUGAACAUAUAGAAAUGAUUUGGAUAGAAGUCUUAAUCCAAAAUCAUAAAUUUCUGCUUGGAUGUAUAUAUAGACCUGAUUCUAAUAUAGAAUACUGGAGUAAAUUUGAACAAAUCCUUGAUAAAGCUAGUGAAACUUCCAUGGAUAUACUAAUUACUGGUGACUUAAAUGUUGAUAUGCUAAGAACCCCACCCACUUCUCACUUAUCUAGACUCUUAACUAAAUUCAACCUAAAAAGUAUUAUUAAUAAACCUACUAGAGUGACACCUGAUAGUGCAACCUCUAUAGAUGUUGUCUUUACAAAUAAUCCUUCCAUAGUGAAAAAUACUCAUGUUGACCCUGCUUUCUGUAGUGACCACUCCCCUAUAUAUAUGGAAGUUUGUUAUGCUAUCUUCAAACAUAAAGCAUACAAAAAGACUGUAUGGAUGUAUAACAAUACUGACUAUAAUAUUAUGAAUGACGAACUAAAUGUUAUUGACUGGAACUUAAUUGCUGCUGAUAUGGAUACCCAAGAAUUGGAUUAUCACAGGUCUAAGGAAAGGUACAUCACACCAAACUCUAUAUAAAGAACUAGGUUGGGAAUCCCUGUCUGAUCGAAGGAUGAACCAUAAGCUAACUCAGAUGUAUAAAAUAACUAACAAUUUAUCACCCACAUACCUCCAUGACAUAAUUGAUCCUCUUACUCAUAACCCAGAAAAUGAUAGGUAUACUCUAAGAAAUGUAAGAAUGUUUAACCCACCACUAUGUCGUACAGAAUCCUAUGCUAAAAGCUUCUUCCCAGUAAUGUGCAACAAGUUCAAUGGACUUGAAAAUGAUAUAGUACAUUCCCCUACUCUUAAUAAAUUUAAGGCCAAGGUGUAUAAUAAAAUAUGUUGUAAUAAUGAUAUCUCGGAUGUAUUUAAAAAUUGUGAAAGCAGAAAGGAUAACAUAAUCCUAUGUCAACUGAGAAAUGAGGCGAGUAACCUGAACUAUGAUCUAUUCAAAGAUCACUUGAAAGAGUCUCCAUCUUGUCUGUGUGGUGAUGCUUAUGAAACUGCUACACAUUAUCUUUCACAAUGUCCAAUGUAUACUAAUGAGAGACAAACUUUAAUAAAUGAGAUUUUUGAAGUGUGUCCGGUUAAUCUUGAUACUAAAACACUUCUUAAUGGAAGCACUGUGUUAAACAAUACUGAAAAUAAAUCUAUACUUGAUAGUGUUCUAAAAUAUAUAUACAACACAAGAAGAC